CCCAGUUCCCACUUGAACCAGACAGGGGUCUUCGAAAAAAGUUCAAUAUCUGAAGAUUCGUCGCGCGACAUCAAAAAACGACUUUAAGCAACUGCGGAACCUCUGCCAUUGACACCGGAAGAGGUCCUGCAAAAGCUACAUACAAAUAUGGCUGCUUCAAGUAGAGGAGGCAAUGCUGCCGCUGCUUUAUUACGAAGACAAUCCAGUAUAUGCGCCAGCUGCAGAAUUACACAAUUCCGAACAUACUCAACCGGCGCCGAGGCAGCUGCGGCAGCCGAAGCUCACCACCUGAAACCCACCGAAUCACAACCACAUCCUCCCUUUACCGCAUCCCGUAGAUCAGAAUACCGCAUAAAGUCCGGGGUUAUUCUAACCCGAGCGCCCUUGCUCACCCGAGCUCUCACACCGUUUGAGAACGCCUUCUACUUCUACCAGAAACGCUUGAACGAACGAUUAGUUUUACCUUUCAGACAUACCCUCUUCUUCAAGAAGGACACAGCGUCCGAUCUAGACUGGAGAAUCAAAUUCGAGGAGCGGGGUCGAAUAGCAGCGAAGGAAUUGGGACGAUAUUAUGCCCAGGGACGUAAUGCUUGGAACGACGAGUUAUUAGUAGGAAGUACACUAAGCGAUGAGGGAAGGAUACGGGAUAUCCUACUUAAGGAUGCUGAGAACCGUGUGACUGAAGAUGGCGAGGAAGCUCAACCGGAUGAAAUUGUUCCCGUUGAACGACCAAUGGACCGGAUUACUGAGGCAGACAAGACAAAUGAUAUAAGGAGGUUAGAUCGCAAACUUGACCGAACACUCUACUUGAUUGUUCAAGGCAGCGAUGGGAAAUGGCAUUUCCCGACGGAGGAUGUGCCAACAGACGAACAUUUACAUGAGACCGCAGCAAGAGCCCUAGAAUACGCAGCAGGCGUAAACAUGAACACCUGGUUGGUGGGUCGUGUGCCAGUUGCCCAUAUGGUAACACAUCCGGAAUUCAACGAAGACACAUCUCUUAAGCAGAGGGGCGAAAAGGUGUUCUUUCUGAAGGGAAGGAUUAUGGCCGGUCAAGCAGACUUGAAUGGUAAUAGGUUCGGCCUUCGAGAUUUUAACUGGCUUACGAAGGAGGAGUUAAAGGCAAAGCUACCCUCUGACUACUUCCACUCAGUAAGGAAUAUGAUGGCAGACCGAUAGAAUGGGUGGAAAUUAGGACAUAGAGCCUCUUGUAAUAUACAACGAAACCCAUUGUAAAGGCAAUGUACUAUAUUGUACUGU